AUGGCCAGAAACGAAGGAGAUUACAUGUUGGUUGCUCACAAGCAUAAGAUAAAUUUCUACAAAACAACCACAAUUCGUGUAUCAACUCCUUUUGUUGAUAGGAUCGAUCCUUUUAAUUUUGUGAGUUUUCAUGAUCUGACAGCCAGAAAUUUUGACACUCGUGUUGCAUUUGAUUUUAUUGGUCAAGUUGUAUCUACUGAACCCAUGAGAGGGAUUAAGGAGAAUGCAAGGGAAACAAGGCUAAUGAGUAUUGUUGCACAAGAUCUGAGCUACAUAUAUGAACAUCAAAAUGAAAAUGCUCCUGUGAUCAUCCUCUUACGUAUGACAAAGCUCAAGACUUGGGGUGGUCAGCCACAAGUCGAAACUGUUGUGGCCAAGCCAGAAGAUUACUACCUCCGUUUUCAAAUCAAAAACAUUGAUGAUAUUCCAGAUUACAAUGAGGUAACUAAAAAUGGUGAUGAUAGUGGUGGUGAACCAUUUAAUUGUAAUGGUUGCGGAGGAGUUUCUGAUGUAUUCGGCAAGGUAAGGGUCGUAAUACGUGUUCAAGAUGAAACUGGGUCUGCUUCUUUUGUAUUGUUUGACCGUCAUGUUAAAGAUCUUAUUCACCGCGGUAAUCAUUGGUUGAUGGAAAAUAUAUCAAAGGAUCAAGGGCGCCAAAAGAUCCCCGAUGAGUUCAACACAAUGCUUAAUAGGAAGUUUGUUUUUAAAGUUCAGAUUUCAAAGUUUAAUCUCGAGAACAAUUAG